CACCACCGCCGCUGCCGCGAAGUCGGCGCUGAAGUAGCAGUCGCCGACAAACGCUCGCGCGCGCGCCAGGCAGAGAAGGCGACGUUCGCGCACGCGGCCAACGGCACGGCCCUUGACAGCCAGCAGCGGCCAUGGCCCUCUCACUCACGACAGCGGGCGGUGCCCUGUGGCCGAUGCUGUCGCGGCGCGCGGGCGCGUUCGCGCUGGCGGCGCUGGCCGUGUGGGUGGCGCCGCUGCCGGCCGACACCCUGCUGUGGUGGGGCCGCGCCGCGCUCUGCCUCCUCGCCGCGUGGCUGGCCAUGCUCGUCGUCUCGCGCCUGCUGCCCGCGCCCAUGCUGCCGCUGCACCGGCGCGCCGUCCUCGUCACAGGGUGCUCGUCGGGCUUCGGGCAGGCGGCGGCGCUGGCGCUGGACGCCGCGGGGGCGCACGUGGUGGCGGCGGUGCGCACGCCCGACGCCCCCGGCACGCGCCGCCUCGUCGCCCAGGCGUCUUCGCGCAUGCGCGUCGUGCGCAUGGACGUCACCGACGACGCCUCCGUCGCCGCCGCCGUCGCCGCCGUCCGGCAGGCCCUCGGCGACAACGAACUUUGGGCUGUGGUGAAUAAUGCUGGUUCCUUGGGAGUGGGCGAGUGUGAAUGGUUGGAUAUGGAUCACAUGAAGAGUAUUUUGGAUGUCAACACGUUUGGAACUCUACGUGUGAUUCGUGCAUUCCUACCAAUGUUGCGGGAAUCCAAAGGACGAAUCGUGAACAUGAUCAGCAUCCUCUGUCGCUGCUCGUUGGGCGGCGUCGUGCCCUACUGCGUGUCCAAGUACGCCACCCUCGCCCUCACGGAGGCCCUGCGCCACGAGGUGCGGCGCUUCGGCGUCUCGGUGCACUCGCUCGAGCCCUGGUUCUACGAAACUCCCUUAUUAGAGCAAGGGCCAACUAAACUCGAAGAAGCCUGGGACAAGGCUCCAGAUCACGUCAAAGAUGCGUAUGGUCAGGAUUACAUAAGCAGAAUGCAGAAUACGAGAGAGAGUCUGUUGUCAUUACUCACUCUUCCUGCCAGGAAGGUGCACGUUGUCUCAGAGGCAGUAAUUGAUGCCUGCUUCGCCAGGGAUCCUCAGGUGCGGUACAUUCCCAGUCUCUUCGCAGAGUUCACAGCCGAUCUUGCACCUUUCGGGAGAGUCAUCAUUGCAAUACUGCAUAACAUGUUCCUUCCAAGGCUUAGACAUAAAUCAUUGUAGUGGAAUAUUCAUUUUCAUAAUAUCAUUAAAACGUUU